UGUAGCAGCACCCUCAAGAGCGUACACGAACAAUCGCCGGGUUCUUGCUGCCCGAAUACCUCCUCUUUAUUGCCCGACAGAUUCAGAACCCCUUCUACCAAUCCCGACUCAUUCCACCACAGCUUUGUACACCGCCGCGUGGACAAUUCGCCCUCCCCCGCUAGGACACCGCAACACCCAGUGAACAACAACUCACCUGCGACGGUACCUGGGUUGAACAUACACACAUUAGCUGUCGUCACAGUACAGAAAAGAAAUCACAAUGGUUGUCCUCGCAGCUUCAAUCUGCACCCGGGGCGGGAAAGCAGUGCUUUCGCGCCAGUUCAGGGAAAUGCAGCGCUCCCGCAUUGAGGCUCUCCUUGCUGCCUUCCCUAAGCUCGCUGACAGCAACACGCAACAUACGACCUGCGAGCAAGAUAACGUUCGAUACGUAUACCAGCCACUCGACGAGCUUUACAUGGUGCUCAUCACAAACCUACAAUCGAACAUCCUCCAGGACAUCAACUCGCUUCAUCUAUUUGCACAGGUCGUAUCCUCAAUAUGCAAGUCUCUCGAUGAGAGGGAAAUACUGAAGAAUGCCUUCGAGUUGCUUACCUCUUUCGACGAAAUCGUUACACUUGGAUAUCGGGAGAACUUGACCUUGACCCAGAUCAAGACUUUCUUGGAUAUGGAGUCGCACGAGGAACGAAUCCAAGAGAUCAUCGCUCGCAACAAAGAACUUGAGGCAUCGGAGGAACGUAAGCGCAGAGCCAAGCAGCUUGAGAUGCAGCGAAAAGAGAUGUCAAGGUCGUCUCGUGCGGGUGGAAUGGGAGGUGGCAUGGGUGGAGGCAUGGGCGGAGGUGGUGGACGUACACCACAGUACCCGUCAUACACUCCUAGCACCCCGGCCACCGUUCCCGACACCUACGAUUCGUAUGAAGCAGCCAAAAAGACAACCAGCAAGCCUCUUGCACUCGGCAAGAAGGGCAUGCAACUGGGAAAGAAAAGCAAGACGACCAACUAUUUCGAACAAGUUGCAGGCGAUCUCCCGGCAGAGUCUGAGCCUCUUGUACCAGAACCUAAGGCUUCCGCACCCCUCGCCCCCACGAGCGCCCGCCAGUCCACUUCCACUGACCGCGAGGCUGUACAUAUCACCACAAAUGAGAGUAUCUCGGCGAGGUUAGACCGCGAAGGCCUCUUGAAGACUUUCGAAGUCAAGGGAGAAUUACAGCUUAAGAUUACCGACCCUGCUUUCACGCAAGUCAAACUCGAUCUACAAACCGGCAAUACCCGUGGCGCCCAGCUCAUUACGCAUCCUAAGGUUGACAAGAGCGCGUUCAAGAACACCAAAACCAUCCAGCUGGCCGACGCCUCUAAAGGGUUCCCUGCCAACAUGGGUAUCGGGGUCAUGAAGUGGAAGCUUGCACCCAGGGCGGACGACGUCUCUGACCCACCAAUCACAUUCCGCGUCUGGGUCGAGGACUCGGGCAAGAUGUUCAACAUCACUGUUGAGUAUGAGCUCACCGGUUCCGACUCGCUCAAGGAUGUGUCCGUCACCAUCCCUUACUCCACUGAUGAGCCCAAUGUAUCCUCCUUCGACGCUGUCUACGAAGUCAGCGGUGACAGCAUUGAGUGGAACAUCGGUGCAGUAGAUGAGGAAAACAGCUCAGGGCAAUUCGAAUUCGAGGCCCAGGCUGACAGCGAAUCCGAGUUCUUCCCUAUGAGGGUGCAUUUCAGCAAGUCGACACCUUACGUCGAUGUCGAUGUAUCAUCCGUUACCCUGCUCCCCAUGGGCCAAGACAUCAACUUCUCGAAAGAUAUUAAAUCGGUGGCCGAUGUCUAUGAAGUUUCGUAGUUGCAGCGCGUGCCUGUUCCAGCUAGUUUCAAACACUGCAACCGUGCAUGUGGCACGACGCAUGAGAUGUACCCGAGCAUAGAGAAAAACAUCCUUCAAUGAUGUUGAAUGAUUAGAUUUAUUACCCAGAAGAUGUCUUGUUCUAAUUUGCUCCUUGAUGAUAUCGAAUCAGUUGAAUAUCUUGAUUGCUCCAUGUCACAGCGACCAUAGCCAUGGCUUCAUUGUAUCUGGCUCGAUUAAUUAUUCAUCGAUAAUCAUCGAUGAACAGAGUCAUUGAAUGAACACAUGACUUUGACGACGAGCACUGUAUCUGGAUGGGGCUCAUUUUCUGUCAGAAUCUCGCAUGCUUGCCCAUGCCGGUCUUUUCACGUCCGAUAAGGCCUAGAAAUCUCAUGUCAGU